GUGGGAGCGUUACCAAAAGUCGAUUUUGUAUGUGUGUAUGUUGUUCCAUAAUCCUUUUGUACUUUCAAUAUAAUUCACCCUUGUUGCAACCCCAGCGAUGAGUGGGGAUUACCCGUAUUUCCCGUACCUGGCUCUGUACAUUGUCUCGGCCAGUUUAUGGAGUUCAGAUACUAUGGGGGCUACACACUGGAUUCUAAACGAACGAGAUGGAGUCGUACGGGCCAGCAGUGAAGGUGAUAUUCUGAAAUCCGACCCCGUGUUAUUGAUUCUAACGAAAACUAACCCUCCUAAGACGGGAAGCGGUAGGAAAACAAACUGCGACCAGUGCAAUAAGGGCAGAUCUCAGGGACUGAGUCCUGUUGUCGGUGCAGUAGGUCCUACAUCCCUUGAAUUAUUUCCUGCACCCCAGUUAACAUGUGGAUCCUCAGUUAAUGAGACAUCUUAUGACCACUUAGAAGGAAUAGCUAACCGAGAGUACCAUCCAACAUUUAUGGAGCCUGAUGUAGCAAUGCUAUUUAAGAAGAAUGAUAUGGAGGACAUCGACUUAGGUGUUAUAGAAUCAAACUUGAGAAGAGCUAUUGAAGAAAGUCCUAAUUCAGUUGUUGUUUGUAAUCACAUUGGAAAUUUCUGGAGAAUUAGAGGAAGCACAUACCACUCUAUAGAGUGUUUCAGAAAAGCAUUGUAUUUUUCACCAAAUGAUGCUGAUGCCCUCUUAAAUCUUGCCAAGGUCCUUUUCAAUUUGAACUAUAUUCAGGACGCUGCAAUCCUUGCGCGAAGAUCACUAGAAAUGCAACCAUCCGAACAUAACUGCUGGCUUCAGCAUUUUACUCUUGGUGAAAUUCUCAGAGCAAAUGGAGACCUGGAAGAAGCUGGGAUCCACUUCAGACAUGUGCUGGACCUUAACCCAUCAUUUGAGCUAGCAGAGCUACAUCUGAGGGAGAUUGGAUCACCAUCAACUUCUACUACAAAUGCAUAUACAUUCUUAAUCAUUGGCCUUCUUGUGGUUGUCGUCUUGGCAACAGUCUACUUCAUGACACUUACAAGUGAAGGCCGUGGGAUAAAAAACACCAGAAUGCAGCUCUGGGUUGAUGGGAAAAGACCUAGGAGGAGACCAAUCACAUGAGUAUUUUGCUGUAGCUGUUUAUUUAAGAACUCUGAGACUUUUUUUUUGCACAAUAUGAUGUCUUUAAAAUACAUCUUUGCAAAUGCAAACCUUGUUUUUCAAGAAUUUGGACAGAUGAAAACAACCUUGUGAGUGUUUGACUUCUCUGGUCCUAGACCCUGCAAGGCAGAGUCACUGAAGCUGUUUUAUAAAAAAUUGAUAUUUGUAUGAAAAUUAGUUGUUUAUAAUAAAGGAAUGUCACAACA